CAGGUCAGUUGCAGGGCGUGUUCGGUGGUAGACAGAAGUGGUGCCGCACAGCAGUGGUAUGAAGAGCGCGGUGCUGCUGUGCGUACUGGGCGCUGUGGGGGCGCUGGCCUCGCCGGCCGACAUCUCCAAUGAUAUCGGUCUGCUGGAGAGAGAAGCUCAGCUUCUCUCGAUCGUGGACGGCUUCCAGCAGCUGACAAUGCUGCUGCGCGAGUACCGGAACACGGGCGCCAGCAUGGCCCGCGCCCUCACCAAUCAGCUGACGGUGGACAAUCUGGCGCGCGCCCUCCAAGAGUCUGACCCGGUUGAGGUAUCUCUGAGGGCCGUCCAGCUCGACACGGACGUCUGUCGCAGCCGAGUCAUAUGCGAGCUGCAGAGCAAACUCGACAGCUACAGCAUGGGAGACCUGGUCUACGAGUUCGUCAAGAGGAAGUCGCCCAAGCUGAAGAAGUACGGCGUCGUGACGGCGCGCGGCCUCGGUGCCAAGAGCUGCUUCGAGGUGUUCCCGUGCCGCGUCAGCUCCUCGCCCCUGAUGGAGAACGCGCGGCACCUGCGCAGCCUGGUGGAGGACUUCUGCGACCUCAGCGGCAAGUCCAUGACGUCCUCGUUCUGCCGCGGCAUCAAGUACACCGUCGACAAGCUGGAGACGCUGUAGAGGGAAUGCUGACCACAUGACUGCGAUAGCUCCGGGAGUAACGGACGCUAGUGGCUCCCUGGGCGAACUGGUGGCCAGCUGCUAACGACAUCGAACAACAAGAGGCACUAAACGGACGAAGUUGAGUUGAGUGUCAUCGAGGGCAUCAACUCCCGUGCUGAAAAAUGUCUGCUGUGGCCGCGUGCGUGGUUGUUAUGUCAUUGUUGUUUGAUUGCUGUAUUUAUUUCAUCCGAAGAAAGUUGAAAUCUGAAAAUGUUUCCGUUCGAAUUAGAUAAUGUUACGUAGACACUUAAAUAUUGCGCACAAUAAACGUGCAAAGCAAUAUUUCCAAUGUUGUUCAAGAACUGAACGCGAUAGUCAUUAUUAUGUAGAAAACAAUCAGCAUCAACAUUCUCGAGUCGUAUCAACUCUGCGAGUGACAAAUACAGUGCAUUCGUAAAA